GGCACACUAGUACUGUGACAAUAGAGGAGCCACGACACGCGGAGGCGGCUGCUGCAGAACCCAAAGGAGCAUAGGAUUCGCAUGGAUUUGUGACUUAUUUCUCAGAGACUGAAACUGUGUGUGCCAGUGUGUGUGUGUGUGUGUGUGACUGUGAUUAGUGUUGGGAAAAAGGACAUCCCAGGACAUACAUACAUCUACCCACAUAUCUCCUGUCGAGACUUGGAAUAUAUUCGAACAAUCAAAAGAUAUCAGAGAUGGCUCUCAAAUGGGCUCUCCUGAUCACGAUGCUGACGCUCGCGCGGUGUGCAAAGUUGGACAACAAAUACCUGCCGCCGCCUGCGAGUGCGGCUAGCGCGGGUGGCAGUCCAGGAGCAGGUCUGCAAGGACCAGGGAGUGGCUUUGGCAGAGGUGGCGGUGCUGGGGGUGGGGGUGGCAACAACGGAUUGGGUGGAAUAAACAAUGGACUGGGCGGUUUCUCAGGCGCUGGGGGUCCAAGUCGACCCAUUGGACCGGCUCCCGCUCAACGGCCCAGUGCUCCAGCGGGCUCUCCUCCAGCGGGUCCGCCCAUCCCGAUAUUGUCGUUCGUGAACGAGAACGACGGCGACGGAAACUACCGUUUCAGCUACGAGACGGGCAACGGGAUCAAGGCCCAGGAGGAGGGCACAGUGAAGAACAAGGGAUCCGAGAGCGAGAUCCCCUCGGUAAUGGGCUCCUACUCGUACACCAAUCCCGAGGGCGAGCUGGUCGAGAUCUCGUACACGGCCGAUGAGAACGGAUUCGUGCCCUCCGGAGCAGCACUGCCCACGCCCCCGCCCAUUCCGGAGGCUAUUGCCAAGUCGCUGGCUGCCCAGGGCAUUAAUGUACUUCCGGGUGGUGGCUUCACUGGAGGCGGCGUCGGCCAGGGAGGCGGAGGCGGAUCAGCAUAUGGAGGAGGAUCUGGAGGAGGCGGUGGCCAAGGUGGCGGCGGAGGCGCAGGGUAUGGCGGCGGAGCAGGACGCCGAGGGGCUCCAGGAUCUGGUGGACAAGGAGGAUUUGGAGGUGGGCCUGGCGCCCCAGGAGGCGGCGGUGGCCAGGGAGGCGGCGGAGGAGCAGGGUAUGGCGGCGGAGCAGGACGCCCAGGGGCUCCAGGAUCUGGUGGCCAAGGAGGAUUUGGAGGUGGGCCUGGCGCCCCAGGAGGCGGCGGUGGCCAGGGAGGCGGCGGAGGCGCAGGGUAUGGCGGCGGAGCAGGACGCCCAGGGGCUCCAGGAUCUGGUGGCCAAGGAGGAUUUGGAGGUGGGCCUGGCGCCCCAGGAGGAGGCGGUGGCCAGGGAGGCGGCGGAGGAGCAGGGUAUGGCGGCGGAGCAGGACGAGGUGGGGCUCCAGGAUCUGGUGGACAAGGAGGAUUUGGAGGUGGGCCUGGCGCCCCAGGAGGCGGCGGUGGCCAGGGAGGCGGCGGAGGAGCAGGGUAUGGCGGCGGAGCAGGACGCCCAGGGGCUCCAGGAUCUGGUGGACAAGGAGGAUUUGGAGGUGGGCCUGGCGCCCCAGGAGGCGGCGGAGGCCAGGGCGGCGGCGGAGGCGCAGGGUAUGGCGGCGGAGCAGGACGAGGUGGGGCUCCAGGGUCUGGUGGCCAAGGAGGAUUUGGAGGUGGGCCUGGCGCCCCAGGAGGCGGCGGUGGCCAGGGCGGCGGCGGAGCAGGACGCCCAGGGGCUCCAGGAUCUGGUGGCCAAGGAGGAUUUGGAGGUGGGACUGGCGCCCCAGGAGGAGGCGGUGGCCAGGGAGGUGGCGGAGGAGCAGGGUAUGGCGGCGGAGCAGGACGCCCAGGGGCCCCAGGAUCUGGUGGCCAAGGAGGAUUUGGAGGUGGGCCUGGCGCCCCAGGAGGAGGCGGUGGCCAGGGAGGCGGCGGAGGCGCAGGACGCGGUGGUGCUCCAGGUGCGGGCUCUCAGUACAUCCCUCCCCCACCAGGACUCCCAGGAGGUGGACGAGGCAGCGGGGACUUCAAUCCGCAGACCGGCUACAGCUAUUGAGCGCGGCGAGCUCCCUUUUCCCAGCCAAAACCACUUCACUCCGAUCGAUGAAACCUCAGUGCAACGCAAUCGCAAUCUGCCUUAAAUACUCGUGCUACCGAGUGUGGCGCUUAAAUUAUUUCUUAUUUGUGUAAGCUACCCCGAUCCGAUUCUCUCCGAUAAGGCAAUAAAUGAAUUUUAGUGAA